AUGGCUUCUCAAGUCAAGAAGUACAGGCUAGAGCGGAGGCAGGUCAUGAAGUCUGAGAAGGACCACACCUCGUCGGGCCUCAGGAAGGAUGACCUUAUGUACAAGAGUCAUGAUGGAAAGUCCAGGACUAUCGUGUCCCGCAAGAGGCACGAGAAUGCCUUGAACAAUCCUAAACUCCAGGCGUGGUUGGACCACGUCAAGAGCGUUUACGAAGACAUCAAACCCCUCGGCAAGACAUACAAGGAUGCCAUGCAGCUCGCUGCAGCCACCUACAAACGCUGCGUAGUUUCUCAGGAGCAGGGCUGGCUGGCGGGUACCGCCACUUACUACACAGGAGUUGACGAUGUGUCCGGCGGUUAUGCUGGAAAUUGCGGCUUCUCAGAUCUCAGCCGCAACAUUGCUGGGAUCCCGGGGGCCACCUACGGCCCUCUCUUUGCAGCCGGCAGCGAUCAACUCUACAAGGGCGGAGCAAACUGCGGGGCAUGCUACGAGAUCAAGUGUCUAGAAAACCCUGUGUGUACCGGCAAGACCAUCCAGGUCACCAUCACCGAUUACUGUCCGACUCAGGGCAACGAGCAGUGGUGUGGGGCCGAUAAGCACCAUUUCGACCUCUCGGGAAAAGCAUUCAGCGAGCUGGUCAGCACGAUGGCGAUCGGCCACUUUGAGCUGCAGUACCGCCGAGUGCCUUGCAAGAAGACGGGGCCGCCUGUUGUAUCAAUCGAAGGCAAUCCCUACUGGCAAUCCCUUCGAGUCCUGAACUUGGCAGGUGGGGGCGCGUAUAAUGCGAUGCUCAUCCGCUCACCUGGAGGCCAGUACGUCCCGUUGAAGCGGGACUGGGGCACGAGCUUUGUUCACAAUGGUCAAAUUCAGGCUCCAAUCUCGUCCAUCAUGUCAACUAACAAGACGUCAGGCUACGUCGACAAGGCCGUCGGAGCUUCAAAGCAGGCCGCAGGGAAGGUCUUCAGCAACCGCCUUGAAAGCCAGGGUGGCGCACAGCGUGAGAAGGGGCAAGCAGAGAUAGACGCUGCAAACGCUCGGAAGCAGGCAGAGGCCACUGGCGACAAGGUUGCAGGAACGGCAAAGCAGGUUGCAGGAUCUGUCACAAACAACACGAGUCUGGCUAACGAGGGCAGGGCUGAACGUCUAUCAGGCAAGCAGAAGGGGGCCCGUAACGAGUUUUGA